AAAAAAAAAAAAAAACCCAAACAACUCUGUGAGAUCUUAUGCGGUAAACUGGACUUUGUACACAUCAAAACAGUUCAGGGCAAACUCAAUUCCAAAGUGGUUUAAACAAACAAGUUCCAGCACAGAUUUGUAUAAACCAGAUGCUGUGGCUAAGGCAGAUGGAUUCCCAAAAUCUAGUGGGAGCACAGGCAACAUCAUUGCUCUACAAUGCACAGGAUUUUGAUUCGGAAUCUCUACCUUCUGUACAACGUUAUGAGUUACAAAGGAACAGGAAAACAGCAAUACAGCUAAUGGAAAGAGUGACAGGAGAAGCUCGCUAAUUCAUCUUUGAGUAACCAGGGCAUUAUCCACGGUUCUAGUCAUUCUCUGACUGUUGUACAUCUAGAAAUAAACACCUCUCUGCUACACCGCUGCCCACACCCAGCUACCCCCCGUGCUCCACCUCAUCCCUCAUGCUUCACCCUUGGCCCGCAUCUCUCAUUCCCCCACACGCAAGGAGAAGCAGGGAAACGCUACGGAGGCACCGCGCAGCCCCACCCCUCACGGCGGCCGCACGCGCAGGGACCGCUCCCGCCCUGCGCUUCCGGGGAAGCGGCGCCUGCCGGGAAUUCUCGCCCCUGCUGCCGGCGGGGAGGUGCCGUCCUGAGAGCGCCGCCCGGUCGCUGCCUGCCAGGCCCUUGUGUUCGGCUCGGCCGGGGCCUCCCGCUCCCCUGAGCUGCAAGGUGAGGUCGGAGCCCGGCUGCCCGCGGCGCCAUGGACAGCUUCCUGGAAGAGGAUGAGGAAGCGCCGGCAGUGGAAGUGAGGGGGAAGAGAAGGAGGAGGAGAAGCCCCGCCUCUCAGGCGGCCUUGCACCCGCCCCUGCACCUGCCCUUCCUGCCGCCGCAGCCGGUAUCUUCCAAUGAACACAAGUUAAACUUCAAGAAGAGCAAGGAAACGUGUUUAAGUUACAUUCAGGAUGCCUUGCUCCAAAAGCAGUGGAAAAGGGCUGCAGAGUUCCUGACCUGCUAUGUUGAGUCACUAGAGAAGGACUAUUCCAGAGAACACAUUGGUCCGUCAGAGAUGAUUUGGAGAAUAGGAACUGAAAUUUUGUGGCAUCAUUCCCAAAGCAGCAUGAAAGAGUUCAACUGUUUCAUGGAACAGAUGAAAACUUUAGGAGUAAAAAGGUACUUGAAGGUCUGCUUGGAGCAUGUCUUCCAUCUCCUCUGUAAUGGACAAAUAGAUGAAGCCUAUCAGAACCUGUCCAUGGCAGAAAGCUGGAGGUUUGGAGAGCAAACAGCCAUUCAGGAUAAGGAAAUGAAGCUGCUUCAAGCUUACAGGGGACUCUUAGACUACUGUAGCUGGUCUAAGCAGAAGAAAAUCCUGUUAGAGUAUGGUGAGGAUGGAUUUGCAGAAUUAACUGUUGAGCAGGAAAUGCACGGUUACUUCCGGAAGGCAGCAGUGAACUUGAAGGAAAUUAUUAAAAUACCUGGAGUCUGGGAUGUCUUUGUGAAAUGCUAUGUGGAUUUGCUGGAGUUCUAUGGAGACCACAACGAGGCCCGCCAAGUGUUAAAUGAAUAUGCUUACAACUCAAAGUUCCCUGCUAACCCAAAUGCCCAUGCCUACCUCUAUCAGUUCCUCAAGAGGCAGGGUGAAUCAAAGAAAUCCCUCAUAUCUGCACUGAAGAUCUUGCAUGAUAUUGUUCCUUCUCAUGAACUAAUGAUAGAUUUUAAUACCAUGCUUCAAAAAUCAAAGAAAAGAAAAAAACAUCAACUGAGCCUAGAAGUUAUUUUUGCAGCCUUGGAUUAUGCUGGCUGGAAAGAAAAUGCAAAAGCAUGGAGCUGUUUGGCAAGACAGGUGAAACAAAUUGUAACCUCUGAGAAGCAUCUUGACUGGAUCAAGCAAGAGUGGAAGUCCAGGAAGGACUGGUGGCCAGCCUUCCAUUUUAGCCGUUACUUGGCAAAAAGGAAUUGGCAGGGAAAUAAAAGCCUUUCAUAUGAAAAAGCUCUGGUGGCUGGAAUCCUACUGGGAAAGGAUUGCAAAUACUUUAAAUAUGUAUCGCAUCAAGGCUGCAAAGCUCAGCUGAAAAGGUUUCGGUUGCUGAAGAAGUUUGUGACAAGGCACAAUCCUGUCUACCUGAGAAUAUCUGGUCGUCCAGAUUCCUCUGUUCAACCUUGAUGAGAAGGUGUCCCUAAGGUUCUUGGUACUUUUUCCUCUCUGUAAAACUGACUUUUGUGUUGGUGGUACUCCAAAAACUCUAGGCAGAUCCUAUUUACUCAGUACUAGACUUUUUUUUAAAUAUAUUUAUGUAAAACCACUUUGGUUUGCAUUUAUUUUAUAAUAAAAUGAAUAUAAAUCAAGUGAUAAUGUCAAAGAAUUUCUGUAAUGUUACUCUAAUAUUGGUGUGAAAUGCAAACAGUGUUGAUUUCAAAUACAUCUUGAAAGAGCAGAGGCACAGAAAUACUGAGAAAUUCUCUACCUGCUGGAAGAGACUUUUUUUUUUUUUUCAGUGUCUUGGUUUAGGGCAAGUUUGGGAGAUAACUCUCAAAGGGGCUUCUUUACAAAAGCAGAUUUAAUUGCUUCUCUUUUCUUUUAACUGGUUCGGGAGAAAAUAUUUCUUUGGAGAAAAAAGUGGAAAGAAACUUGUUUAUUAAACAAUAGAACUCAAAUAAUAUUAAAUAAUAAAACUUCUUACUGCUCCAAAAAAAAAAGGUAAACUCAGAACAGUCUCCUCCCUGGAUUGCAGCUCGGCUUAUUCAGUUUCUGAUUAGUUUUUCUGGUGCUGGAAAUGCCGUGGCCCAGGCCCGGCCAAGGGGUCACAGGUGGAGCUGCUGGUGCUCUUCUGGGUGUUUAGUCUAGAGCAGGUUUGAACAGAUUUAAGAAAAAUGAAAAAUCACAGUUCAGGGAACUUCUUUGUUUCAGCUAGCUAAAACUAACUAAAAGCAAAAAAAGGGGAAAAAAGGAGCUCUGUCUUGCUGUUUGUUUAUCUGCAGACAACACAGUUCAGGAGUAGGAAUGUGGAGGAGUGAGUGCAGUUUGAAAACAAACUGCACGCUUCUUCCCUCUUCUGUUUACUCUCUGGAAGAGAGUCUUAAAGGUGUAAAACUUAUUAUUCAGUAUAAACAGAACAAGACGAUUGGGGAUAAAAGCAUCAUAUAGUCAGUUCAGGAUAAUCCACUCCUUAUCUUUAUAUCAUCAGCUUACUAUUAAAACUAAUAUAUAUUCUAAUUCUACAAACACAUACAUUAUACAUCUAAUAUACAGCUAUACACAGAUAAUGGUAGUAACAUUCAGCAAACAGUGAUAUUUAUACAUAGUUUUUACUUAAUAAUUAGAUUUUUUUGAGGUACACAUUGUGUUCUUUUAUCUUUUUGCAUUAUUUACUAUGUGCAACCUGGUCUUUGAGCAAAAACAACUUUACGAAUGGGUUUGUCUGUAUUCGAGGUAGGAUUGAUUUAAACUGUUUUUUUUUAACGAACUCUUGAUAUGUACUACUGGGACUUUGUUUCUAUCUGCUCUGUGCAAAGGUUCAGAUUGUGCAGGGUCUACUCGGUUAGUAGAGCUUCGGGUAUUAACUAACUAGGUGUUUUUUGUCAGACGCUGCUCUUAAUUUUUGAAAGAUCCCUCACCUAAGGCUUUUAAGGUGGUUUUUAACAGUUUAUUGUACUUUUCUACUUUGCUUGCAGCUGGUGCAUGGUAGGGGAUAUGGUACACUUACUUAAUGCCAUGUUCUUUGUCUCAGGUGCUGAUAAGGCUGUUUUUGAAAUGAGUCUCAUUGUCUGACUUAAUUUUCUCAGGGGUAUUAUGUUUCUACAGGACUUGUUUUUCAAGGCUCAGGAUGGUGUUACGGGCCGUAGCAUGAGGCACAGGGUAGGUCUCUAACUACUCUGUGGUGGCUUUUACUAUUGUGAGCACAUAGUGCUUGUUUUGGCGUGUCUGGGGCAGUGUGAUGUAGUCAAUUUGCCAGGCUUCGCUAUACUUGUACUUGGACUACUGCUCACUAUACUAUAAGGGCUUCACCCUCUUGGCCUGUUUGAUGGCAGCACAAGUCUCAGAGUCGUGGAUAACUUGAGAAAUACUGUCUAUGGUUAAAUUUACUUUUUGGUCUCGUGUCUACUUAUAGGUGGUAUCUCUACUUUGAUGACUUGAGGUAUCAUGGGCUCACUGAGCUAGGAAUAACUGUCUUUUGUGUUUUCAAUCUAGGUCUAUCUUGGACAUCUCUAUUUUUGAAGCUUGGUUUAUUUGCUCGUUGUUUUUGUGUUCUUUAUUAGCUUUACUCUUGGGGACAUGGGCAUUUAUAUGGUGGACUUUUACAGGUAGCCUCCUACCCUGGUAGCUAUGUUUUUCUAUUCUUUAGCAGCUCAAAUUGGUUUUCCUUUACGCUGCUAAUUAGCUUCUUUCACCUUUCCAGCUAUCUUCACAGAGCAUUGGCUACCAUCUAUGAAUUAGUGUAGAGGUAGAGUUUUGGUUACUUUUUUUUUUCAGUAAUGUUUAAAGCCAGUUGAACAGCUUUGAGUUUAGCAAGUUGGCUUGAUUUACUUUCUCUUUUAGUGGCUUCUGCGAUCUGUCGUGUGGGGCUUUAUACGGCUGCUUUCUACUUCUGGUUCAUUCUUACUAUGCAACAGGAAUUAUCAGUAAAAAGAGCGUAUUGUGUUUUUUCUGCUGGCAGUUGGUUAUAUGGAGGAGUUCCUUCAGUACGUGUUACUUCUUGUUCUUUUUCAUCAGUGAGACUGAAGUUUUUACUUUUUGGCCAGUUUGUAAUUAUUUCCAGAAUCUCAGGGCGAUUCAGCUUUCUAAUACGGGUGCGCGGUGUUAUGAGAGUAAUUCACUUACUUCAUGUAGCACUGGUGUCAUGGUGGGUAGAGGGAACUUUUGCUUUGAACAUCCACCCCAGUACUGGUAAUCGGGGUGUUAGGAGGAGUUGUGUUUCAGUGCUUAUUACUUCUGAAGCAGCUUGGAUUCUUUCAUAGGCUGUUAAAAUUUCUUUCUCUGUUGGAGUAUAGUUGGCUUCAGACAUUCUGUAGCUUCAAUUCUAAAAUCUUAGUGGUCAGUCUCGAGUUUCCCCAGGCACUUUCUGCCACAGGCUCUAGGACAAGUUAUGGUUUCUGGCUACAGAGUAGAUCAUAUUCUUUACAUCUGGUCCUGUCUUGACUGGGCUAAGGGCUACUGCAUGAGCGAUCUCUUGCUUAAUCUGGACACAGGCUUGUUGCUGCUCAGGACCCCAGUGGAAAGUGUUCUUUUUAUGGGUGACUAGAUAGAGAGGGCUUACAAUCUGACUCCAAAAACUUAUGGCGCCUAGGAAAGCUUGUGUUUCUUUCUUGUUGGAUGGUGGAGAUAUUGCUGUGAUCUUGUUGAUGACAUCGAUGGGAAUCUGAUGCCGUCUAUCUUGCUACUUGACUUUUAGAAACUGGAUCUCUUGAGCAGGUCUUUUGAUUUUGCUCUUCUUGAUGGCAAAUCCGGCUUUCAGGAGAAUCUGGAUGAUUUUUUUUCCUUUUUCAAACACUUCUGCUGCCGUCUUCUCCUAUACAAUGAUGUUAUCAAUAUAUUGCAGAUGUUCUGGAGCUUCAUUUUUUUUUAGUGUAUUCUGGAUUAGUUUAUGGUAGAUGGUAGGACUGUGCAUCCACCCCUGGGGUAGCUAGUUCCAAGUGUAUUGCACAUCUUUCUAGGUGAAGGCAAACUGAGGUUUGUAUUCUGCUGCUAGCGGAAUGGAGAAAAAUGUAUUGGCAAUGUCAAUAGUGGCAUAUCACUUUGUUUUGGAUUCUAGCUCGUACUGGAGUUCUAGUAUGUCUGGUACAGCAGUGCUCAGUGGUGAAGUUACUUCAUUCAGUGUAUGGUAGUCUACAGUCAAUCUUCAUUCUCUUUCAGAUUUAUGCACAGGCUAGAUGGGGCUGUUGAAAGGUGAGUGGGUCUUGCUGACCACUCUGGCUCUUCAGCUCACGGAUCAUUUUGUGGAUGGGGAUCACGGCAUCUCAAUUAGUUUUGUAUUGUCGGCGGUGCACUGUCGAGGUGGUAAUCGGCACUCGCUGCUCUUCUGUCUUCAGGAGUCUUACUGCAGAUGGGUUUUUUGAUAGUCUAGGCAAGGCAUUCAAUUGUUUGAUACUUUUUGUUUCUACAGCAGCUAUUCUGAAUGUCUAUCUGAGUCCUUUUGGGUCUUUGAAAUACCUACUUCAGAGAUAAUCUAUGCCUAAAAUACAUGGGGCCUCUGGGCCAGUCACAAUAGGGUGUUUCUUCUAAUCAUUUCUAGUCAGGCUCAACUCGGCUUCUACUAAAGUAAAAUUCUGUGAUCUUUCUGUCGCACUAGCGAUAGAAACAGAUUAUGUUUCCAAAUGUUUUGAUGGGAUUAAUGUGCACUGCGCACCAGUACCAACUAAAGCUUUAUAUUUUUGUGGUUUAGAUGUGCCAGGCCAAUGAAUCUAUACUGUCUAAAAAACACGGUUUUCCCUAGCCUCUACUUGGAUAGAGGCAGGGCCCCUCUAAGCCUGGUUAUUCUUCUUUCUCUGGGCAUAUGUCUUGGAGGUUCCUUUAAGGGGAUCAAAAAUAUUGGCAUUAUCAUCAUAUAUGGUAGCUUGGUUACGGGCCACUGGAGCUUCUUCUUUUUUGGAACUUCUUCUCCGAGUUUUCAGUUCACGAACCCGUUGGGCCAGAGCAGCAGUUGGCUUUCUAUCCCAUCUCUUCAUGUUUUCUCUACAAUCGCACAGGAAGAACCAUAGCUCAGCUCGUGGGAUGUACUUUCUCUCUCCAUC